AUUCCUUCUUUUUCCUUUCCAGUCCCUCUUUGAGCGGCAGGGCAUGGCGGCCCACGCGGGGGUCCUGGCAGGAGCUGAGAAACCCCACGUGUCACUGCGCAAAGGGAUCCCGAGGACCAAAUCUGUAGGUGAAGACGAGAAACUUGCUGCUUCUUUGCUGGAUGGGAAGUUUCCGCGGAGCACGUCGAUGCAAGACACCGUUAGGGAAGGGCACGGGAUCCCACCGCCCCCCCAGACGGCCCCACCCCCGCCUCCUUCUCCAUACUACUUCGACACGGGCCCCCCUCCAUCCUUCUCUCCACCUCCGCCCCCAGGGAGAGCUUACGACACCAUCAGGUCGAGCUUUAAGCCCAGCCUGGAGGCGAAGCUCCACGGGCUGCCGCAGGUCAUCAGCGCAGCCGAGAUGUACGAUCAGGCGAGGACGUCCAUCCCCUAUCCCGAAAGGCAGAAGAGGGCCCGAUCCAUGAUAAUCCUGCAGGAUUCCUCCCAUCUCCCCGUGGAGCCGACGGAGAUCCCCCGGCCCGGCCCGUCCGCAACCCCUCCGGAGAAGCUGAAGAGGAAGGGGAGGGUGAUCGACAACCCCUACGCCAACAUGGGGCAGUUCAACGUCAGCCUGUUCGCCCCCACCAAGCCGCAGAGGAAGAAGAGCCCUCUGGUCAAGCAGCUGCAGGUGGAGGACGCGCAGGAGAGGGCGGCCCUGUCCAUCACGGGGGGCUUCGCCAGGGAGCCCUCGCCCACCCGCAGGAGCCAUCGCCUGAGCGGCGUGGACUAUCAGCACCACGCCGGCAUCGCGCAGGUCGAAGCCACGAGCAUCCCCUUCGCCACUGCCAUCGCUGGGGUCAUGAAGGACAGAGACCGACGUCUGGACGAGAAGCGCAAAUCCACUGUCUUCCUCUCGGUCGGGGCCAUCGAAGGCACCCCCCCCAGCAGCGACAUGCCAUCCCUGCAGCAGUCCAGGUCUAUCGAUGAGCGGUUGUUAGGAAGCCGAGAUGUUCUACUGCCUUCCCCCGUCUCAGCUUUAAAGCCAUUAAUUAGCAGCUCAUCCUCUACGUUCAUCCACCCCCUGACGGGAAAGCCCCUGGAUCCCAACUCGCCACUGGCGCUUGCGCUGGCCGCAAGGGAGAGGGCCCUCUCCACCCAAGUCCCAUCCCGGUCGCCCACCCCGAUCCACAGCCCGGACUCCGACAGAGCAGCACCGCUGUUCGUGGACAUCCAAACCAAAGAACCGGAGAGGGUGGAGCUGGAGAGCUUGGUGUCCCCCGCCUAUUCGCCCGGAGCGAAAGGGGCCGCGGCGGCGGAGGCGGCGGCUUUGACCCCCGCCAAGAGCCCGUGGGGAACUCCGUCCACGCUGAGGAAAGAGGCCGAGGCGAGGGUGGAAGCGCCCGGCAAGGAGGAGAAGAAGCCGGAAGACAAGAAGUCCAUGAUCAUCAGCAUCGUGGACACGUCGCAGCAGAAGACUGCCGGCCUGAUCAUGGUUCACGCCACAAGUAACGGCCAAGACGAGAUCGGACUUGAGCUGAAGGAGGAGAAGCCGGCGGUGCCCGAAGCGUGCGCGGAGCCGGCGGAGCCGCCCAAAGCGGAGCCGCAGCCCAGCCCUGCGGGGAAGAGAAGGUCCAAGCUAUGGGGGGACCCCAUGGAGAGCCGCCCGAUCCACGGGGCUGACGACGACAAGCCAACUGUGAUCAGCGAGCUGAGCUCCCGCCUGCAGCAGCUGAACAAGGACACGCAGCCGGCCGGCUCCGCGCUGGAUCCCGGCAAGAAGUCUCCGGUGGUCGCGGCACGACUUUUCAGUAGUUUAGGAGAACUCAGCACCAUUUCCCAGCGGAGCUCCGGGACCACCUACACGGUUCGACCUGGCAGUCGCUACCCCGUAACCCGACGUACCCCCAGCCCCGUGAAGCCGGCUCUGGAUCGGACAGAGCCGCUCAGCACCGUGCGGCCCUACGGCCUGACCCCUCCCACCAUCCUCAAAUCUUCCAGCCUCUCCAUCCCACACGAGCCCAAGGAGGUGCGCUUUGUGGUCAGGAGCGUGAGCGCCCGGAGCCGCUCCCCGUCCCCGUCCCCCUCACCAGGGCCACCCCUGCACACCCUCCACCCGCCGAGGCCCUUCAUGCAGAAACCCCUCCACCUGUGGAACAAGUACGACGUUGGGGACUGGCUGGAAAGCAUCAACUUGGUGGAGCACCGAGACAAGUUUGAGGACCAUGAGAUCGAGGGCACGCAUCUGCCCGCCCUCACCAAGGAGGACUUUGUGGAGUUGGGGGUGACACGGGUCGGGCACCGGAUGAACAUCGAGCGGGCACUCAAGCAGCUGGUAGACAGCUGACCGUGCUAGGCAGCGCCGGCCUCUUCCAGAGCCACCAACAGGGCGGGGGGAUGUUUCUACCAGACUAAUAAAACCCAUUUUGAUUCUCUUU